UUGAAUUCCGCUCACUCACACCCCGCGCGCGACUCGCGGCCGCCGCACGUCUCGCGCGUGCCAGUGCUCUCGUGUGAUAGGUAUAGUGUGAUGUUGUGAUAGUGCAGUGUCGCAAUGGAGUCGACGCCGAUCUGUAGGUGUCGCGUGCUCUACCUCGGAUCCGCGGUGCCCCAGCAGAGCAAGGACGGCCUCCAGGGCAUACAGGAACCUCUGCGAGAGUUGUACCCGGAUAAGGGCGCGACCAGCGGCGGCAUCGACUCGUGGCUCUCGGUCUGGUCCAACGGGAUAUUGUUGGAGAAUGUGGACGAGAGCGGGUCGCGGGUGGCCAGGUUUUUUCCCAUUUCGAGUCUGCAUUACUGCGCGGCCGUGCGCCGGGUCACCGUCGAGGGCGCCCCCAGAUUCCUACCUUUAGAUUCCCCGUUCGCGAGGGCCCCGGCGCCGCGGCGCCCGCCCCUGUUCGCGGCCGUCUUGAGACGCACGCAGGGCAUUAAGGUCCUGGAAUGUCACGCCUUUAUCUGCCGGCGCGAGGCCGCCGCCAACGCUCUAGUCCGCUGCUGCUUCCACGCGUACGCUGAUAGUUCUUACGCGAAACGUUUAGAAGCAGAACGAGCCCCGACGUCACUUCCACCCGAACCCGACGAGGAGCUCGAGGUGUAUGAUGGCGACGAGAACCAUAAAGUUUGGGUGGGCGAGGUGGAGCGCGACGAUGCUAGCGAUGACAUUCCACAUCCGACUCGAGCCCCACGACCGCGCCAGAUCACGCGGCCGGCCUCCGUGCCGCCGCCACCCCCGCCCCCGGAAGAACCGAAGAAGAAGCUAACCACAAAAAAGACCAAGAAGAAGUCUUCGGCCUCAGCCGAUGAGCUAUACGCCACGAUGCCGGGCCCGGCUCCGAUGAUGAACGGCAGGUCGCUAGGCCGGGCCCCGCCGGCGUGGGCGGCCGGGCACCCCAUGGUGCUGCUGGCGCACCCGCACCCGGCGGCCACGCUCCCGCACGCGCGCGCGGCCACGCUGGCCCACCGCGGCCGCAUGCCGGCCGGGAUGCCACCGGGGCCGUUCCCGCCCGGCCCGCCGCCCGGCCGCGGCCGCCUGCAGUAUGCCACCGUCGAUCCUCGCCGCUCCAAACCACAACCGCCACCCUCCAUGAAAGCCGCUCAGAGCAUGACCACAUUAGAAGCCGUAGAAGACGCCGGGGGAAUUUACAGGAAGAAAGGACACUUGAACGAGCGCGCGUUCUCCUACAGCAUCCGACAGGAGCACCGGAGCAGGUCCCACGGAUCUCUCGCCAACCUGAAAUUCGCUGCUCCACCCGAGGUGGAGACAGGUCGAGAAGAACUGAAGAAGGAGCGGGAGAUCAUGCAGCUGGUAGCAGGGCUGCAGCUGGGACCUGACGAGGUGGACCGGAGAGAAGUGCCGCCCCACCUGCUCAGAGCGAGACACGCACCUAGAUAACACGACCUCACUAGCGACAUCUACCGGCGCAUCGAAGCACUUUCCACAAGCUAGAGCAUACCGGCCGGCACUUACCUCGACAUGGUUCCAAGUCUUCCAACGACGACCAAACGUGUGCCGCUCCGUCGAGCCCUAAGUCCGUGGACUAAAGUCGAAACUCCCUUGUACAAUGUGGCUGUAAGUUUGUUUUACGGCAGUAGGGUAACGAUUGCCAAAUCGGUUGGCUGUAUCGAUUUGGCACGAGUGUAUAGUCAGUUGCAGACUAAUCUAGGGCCUACCGCGGAUUACGUUCGACAUGUCGCUUCUUUGCUAAUUCAUAUAUAUAUUUGGCAUAGAGGCAAAAUGUUAAGCGUGGUUUGCGGUCGGCCUUGAUUUGCAUAGUAUAAUGUAAAAAAAGGUCCGAAGGCUGUAGUAAAGUACUGUUAAUCGUAUACACUUUUUGAAAAUUAGAAAACUUUUUUUUUAAUUGGUGUUGAUGAUUAACUAUUGUUACGAUCGUAACGCCCUCUGGUAUCUGCAGCUGACUAUACUUAUCAGAUGUACGUAUUGUAAGAGAAUAGAUUUACAGAUUUAUUUUUUUAUUUCAAUGUAGGUAAUACUGAUUUUGGAUCAAAGUAUCUAUUGAAUGUUGAGCAAUGUGUACAAAUACCUCAGUGAAUGGAAUUCGCAUGACAUUAUCGGUGACAUUUGUAAAAGCCAUUAUUGUCCAAUGUCCAUGAAUACGGAAUCAUAAUAUUAUGCUUGCAAGUGAAAUGUUUGCCUCACAAAUAACAAAAGCUAUUUAAAAAACAUAUUUAUCACACUAUUCAAUUCUGAAAUCAGUAUUCCUACUUUAGAUCUUUUGCGUAAAUAUGAUUUUAUAUUUUUACAUGUGUCAACCAAGGAAAUGUUGUAAAAUGUUACAUUAUUUUGUAUUUUAUCUGUAGUUUGCAACCAACAUUGGCUAAAACAGUUGAAAUAGAUUAUAUUUGCAACUCAAGGGCUCCAACAGACGUAACCAAAUCGCAUAUGAUAGUAAUAUUCGGUACACUAGCGGCUAGAUGGUACAAAUUAUAAAAUUAUGUGGCCAUAAAGUGAGCCCAUUUAUGGUAAAAAGAAAAAAUCAAACACCGCUACUUAUCGAUCUCACAUAACCCGGCAAAUUUCAAAUCAGGGGUGAAUAGACACCUCCUGGCGAAGUCGCUCCAUCGUAGGCCUCCUCGCUUCGCCUAGUCUGUGGAUUCUGUGGUCACGAGUAAGCCUAUAAAAAAUCGCAUGCGAUUUGUUGCAAGAUGAGUGGAGCCCUUUACAAAUUAAUGAGGAGGCACACUGACGUUUUAUCCGGCCAGGCGGCGCCUGUGCAAGUGUCUAGGCAUGUCACUGUCAUUCAUAUGUGAGAGAAAGCAAAAAAAUAUCAUCUUCUCGCUCUCACGUAUGAAAUUUUUCAUCUUUGCAAUGGACUUCUAAGGUGGUGCCAUCUGUAAUAACCUUUGAGUGGGCCUUCUCAUUGCACACCAAUUUUAUUGCGCAGAUGAUGUGCAAUACACACGCAAGUUGCAAUCGGAACGCAGUUCAUCUGUUUUAGUCCUAAAUAACUGGCAAAGGGAGCCACUUCGGUAAAAAAUAGGAUAAAUACAUUUUUGUACAAAAAGAGAGGGGCAUGAUGCGUGUACUGUAUAUAUUGUUUGUGUUUCUUAGACAUGGCUAACGUGUAAACGAAUGGGUCGGUCGCUGACAAUAUUGAAGUUUCUCUGCAAUUGUCUAUUUAUACUAACUACUUUAAUUUUGUUAAAUCUUCAUCAUCCUCCUUGCGUCCCAUGGGAGCCUGUGGUCCGCUUUGACAACGAAUCCCAAGAUUUGGCGUAGGCACUAAGUUUACGAAAGCGACUGCCAGGAUCUUACCUCCCAACCCGAAGGUUAACUAGGCCUUAAUUAAAUCUUAUACCUAUUACUUACAUAGAAAAGUUUUAUAUUCACAUCUACAUUAAGUACUCGUAGUUUACAUUUUUGGCCAUGUCUGAAAAUACUAAAGGUAAUUAGUACAUACUUAAAUGUGACAUUCCAUAAAUAUUGAAAUUUCGUUGUAUACCGCAUUUGUUAUAUUGUAAUACACUACAACGAUAUUUUUAUGUACUUAGUUAUUUUAGAAUAGUAAUUGUUUAUUACAAUUAUUCAUUACUGUUCCCAUUUAUGGAUCAUAUAUUAUGUGUUGAUUGUCAUAAAAUUUUCUUAGUUCACCUUAUAAUGAUCAGAAUAAAAUGUUAUUGUUGAUACCUGUUAGAAUACCCAGCAUUGUUUUAACCGUCAAGCUAUGUAUUAUACAUUAUCUAUAUAAAUACGUAAUAUGAAAUUCCACGCAAAGAUAUGUCUUACACAUAUCUACAGCGAUACAGGAUGAUUUUGUAUACAAUUUAUUGUGUCUGUGUUUCAUUUUCCAAUCCACUUGGAUACAAAAAUAGUUAUGUACCUACUAAAAAUAUACAAGGUGUCGAUAGUCAAGUGACACAAAAUAUGAAGAAGAAAAAAAACGUGUGAUCGACACAUAUUAUAUGUUCACGGUAAUGAGGAGAAUGUGGAACAGUUAAAUGUGUAAGAUACUAUUUGGCAUAUGGCGAGUUUUUUUGGUAAUUUCCUCCUUACCAGCUAUUGCCCAUUAGUACAAAUGUAAAAAGGACGAGCUUAUUUUAGUAUCCUGCAAUCCGAUAUUGUACUUUAGUAUCCACAAUAUUAAUUACAUACACUACCUGUGUUUUUCUCACCUUGGUUUUUAAAGCACUAGUAGGUAGUAGCGAAUCUUCGUGGAUGUCAGCUGCCACUCAUAUUGGUGGGUU